CGGGCCGCACGUGUGUCUAGCGUACAUUAAAAACCUCCACUUGAACGUUUUCGAUAACUUCAUUCUUAACGAAACAAUUCUAUUAUGAACUAUAGUGUGUUGUGAAUUUUUGUGAACUUAACGGACAUCGUGAACUUGUUUUAGUGUUCUAACAAUUAAUACUUUAAUUGUUAUAAUUUACUUCCUCUAUAGAUUAAUUAGAUCUUACAUGGAACCGGAACGUUUUUAAUUAAAGUCUGGAAUUUAUUUGAUGUACAGCAGAUAGACUAUGUAACAUUUUUUAAUAACAGACUGAAUGCGGCCCGAAAGCCUUGACACGUCUCUAUCCAACACCCGCGACACAAAAGGAAGUGUCUACGCUAUGAAUGAUCAGACUUUUCACACGCCAUCUUUCGGAGACGAAGAGUUUGACAUUCCUCUGAUCCACGGCCAGCAUGCUGCCAGUGGACAGAACACACAUAUGCAAUAUUCACAACUACAUCAUUCAGCUCCUCAGGUUGGCAUGAUGAAUCCAGCUCAAGACGGUCUAGCUCCUCCAGGAGGUGCUCCUUCAUAUCAACAGCCUUUAUACUUACAAGAACCCCAUACACCUGUCACAUCUCACAGCAAUGCAACCGCGCCGGCUGGCAAUUAUAUGAUACAGCAACAACCUGGAGGCCAGCAGUUAUUAAUGCUGCAACCGAGCCAAGUAAUGAGUGGCCCACCAACUCCUAGCACCCCGACACAGGCUGCCCCUGUCUAUGGAUCACCACAGAGAGCAUCUCCACCUGGAACAACCAGUGAUGAUUCUGAUGAUAGUGUACCAUCUCAACAUUCCCAGUUGCCUGGUGAUGCGGAAAGCCUUCUGCCUAUCCAUUAUUGCUCAGCGAGCCGGCAGCAACAAACUACGCUUCAUCAGAUUGGUGUAAGUAAUAUGGCCGUAAAGAGAUCAUCACCAGAACCAAUGGAUAAUGGAAUAAGUAGGGGACAAAUGCAAAAAAAACCUAAGGUUCAGAAGAAAAAGAAAAAGAGAGAUCCUAAUGAACCCCAAAAACCUGUAUCUGCCUAUGCCUUAUUUUUUCGAGACACUCAAGCUGCCAUUAAAGGUCAAAACCCUAAUGCCAGUUUUGGAGAAGUGUCAAAAAUUGUUGCAUCUAUGUGGGAUGGCCUUGAUUCAGAACACAAAAGCGUAUAUAAACAAAAAACAGAAGUGGCAAAGAAAGAAUAUUUAAAAGCAUUAGCAGCAUAUCGGGCCAGUUUGGUUUCAAAGGGCGGAGAACAAGAAAAUCAAGUCAUGUAUAAUCACAACAACACAAAUGCAAAUUAUGGGAAUUAUUAUCAAGGUCAAGCCUAUGGCAAUGGUCAUCCACCACAGGGCUAUGCACCAAAUUCGACACCACAAGGUUACACACCACAGAAUUUCCCCGGAGGACAACCCCAACCUCCAUAUGGUGGUAAUGGACCACAAGGAUACCCAACAAAUCCCCAAGCACCAUCUCAAAAUUAUCAAGGAAACAUGGGACAUAAUCCCCAAACAUAUCAAAAUGUACCUGGACAACCACCUCAAGGUUACCAAGUGAAUACAACAUCUUCGUCUCAAGUGUGUCAACCUAACAUUGCUCAAUCACCAAGAAACUAUCAGCCUGCACAAUCUCCUAACUAUGGAGCCAAUAAUGCCCUGUCCCCGCCAGGCUACAGACAAGUUCAACCACAAUCGCCACCUGUGCAACAAGUCCAUCCUGCUAUGCAGUAUCAUCACUCCCAACAAAUGCAGCAAGUACAUCAAGUCCAAUACCAGCAGCAACAACAAAUACAUCAGCAAAGUCAGCAGCAAGCUAUGCAACAUCAGCAACAGCAACAACACCAGCAGCAGCAGCAACAACAACAUCAGCAGCAGCAGCAACAUCAACAGCAACAACACCAGCAGCAGCAGCAUCAGCAACAACAUCAACAACAAACACCACAACAAAUACCACCUCAACCAUUGCCACCACAAGCACCAAUUAUAAAAAAUGAACAGCAGUCUCCGAACAACAAUGGAACAGGUGUACCUCAUCAGUCCCCUGAGCAAACUGAAAAUAGAAGUACUCCAUCAUGUAUACGCCAAGGCUGCACCAAUCCUGCCAUCCCGAAUAGCGAAUGGGAAGAUGAAUAUUGUUCUAAUGAAUGUGUUGUUAGUCACUGCAGGGAUGUCUUCAGCUCAUGGGUAGCAUCAAAUACCAACAAUCAGAUACAAAAUUUUUCUGCUGUGAAGUAAAUAUAACAUAAUACAUAUCAACAUUUGAAUUAUGAAUAAAUAAUUUUCAUUGUUAAAAUAAUUUGUAUUGUUAGGGUUAUUUAUUAAUUAAAAAUAACAUGACAAUCAAACUCAGAUCAUGACCAGGGAGAUGAAUUACAAUAUAUUACAUAAAAUACUGUAUUUUCUGAUAGAUAUUAGCAAUAUUUAUUGCACAAAAAUAUGAGUGCCUUGUUAAUUAAAACCAAUGUCCGAAACAGCAACAGCAUAAGAAAAUAUUUGUUAAUUACACUAGCAUUCUUUAAAACUUGUAAUAAUCUCUCGGUAUUCAUGAUCAUGUUUACAUACAUUUUUUUAAAACAAAUUCCAUUAUGUUGCAUUACUUGAUGUGAGACGUUAUAUUUAAUUAUACUGUGUACUUUUGGUAAUGUAAAAAGUUGUUUAUAAUUUUCACUUGUUUUAUUGCAAUGUACAAGUUAUUCCUAUCUAUCAAUUAGUGUAUUAAAUAGAAUUUAGUGAGUAUCAUAACAUACUUUAAAAAUAUAAAAUAAGUAGAAAAGAAGCAAUUUAAACAAUAAUUUGUUGUUUAGUAUGUAAACUACAUAAUGUGUUUUGCCUUAAAUGAUAUUUUUGAAAAUUUUAGGUUAAAAAACUUUAGGAACCUAAGCUUAUAAUGUAACUAUGCGAUAAACAUCAGCCGAUUUGUUGUAUAAAAAAAUUAUUAACUUUUACAAAUAAUUUAAAUUACUAUUGAUAUGAAUUUUGAAGGCGAAAUUAUAAUACCAAGUGUAAACACUUGUAGAGCCUGUAGGUAAAAAAAGUAAGUCAAUAUAACAAUUAACAAGUAUAUAUUAGUUUAAACCCUGUUUCAAUUUGUAAUUGUAUUCUUGACAGCAAUAUCAUCUUACUCCUCUUAGAAGUUGUGCUUAGCAUAGGACAUAGCUGGACCAAAAUUUCCUUUAUAUUCAAAUAAAGUAACUAGUUAUAUGAAUUUUAAUUAUGUUUUAUUAAAUAUUCAAUAAGAAAAAUAUGUAAAUAAAUCCUUGCAAUAAUAGGAAUAAUUCUAGUUAAGGACAAAAUCUUAUAUUCAAUUUGAUGUAAUUGAUAGGUGAAAUCCCGAUAACAUGUAGUGUAUUCUUCAAGAAAACUACCCAAUAUCUAUUAUAUAAUGUCAUUGUAAAAUAAUUGUAUAAAAUGUAACUAGAACAAUUAUUUCAUUAAAUUUCCUAAGCAGAA